ACCUCUGCGUGCCAACUUGUCAAGUGUCAGUUUAGGGUCGCCAGUGUGUGAACAAAACUGUCAAACUAUUAACAUAAGUUCUACAAAACAACAAAUCUUAUUUAUUUUCGUUUAGUUUAGCCUUUGUAAAAAUGUCCCGUGAAAUGCAACUCUUUCGACUGUGUAGAGGUUCAAUUUCGCAAGUUCGUUGUUAUGCGACCGCCGCCGCUGCCCCACAAGCUCAGUCGAAGGCCACCCGCGAAAAGAAAUUCGAGAUUUAUCGCUGGAACCCAGACGAACCCAACAAGAAACCAUGGAUGCAAGAGUACAGUGUAGAUUUGAACGCCUGCGGUCCUAUGGUUUUGGAUGCACUGAUUAAAAUUAAAAAUGAAAUGGACCCCACUUUAACCUUCAGAAGGUCGUGCCGUGAAGGGAUUUGUGGGUCUUGUGCUAUGAAUAUUGGAGGUGUGAAUACUCUCGCUUGUAUUAGUAAAAUUGACACAAAUGUGGCGAAAUCUACAAAGAUUUAUCCUUUGCCGCAUAUGUACGUCGUUAAGGACCUUGUUCCUGAUAUGACUAAUUUUUAUAAUCAGUAUAAGUCAAUUCAGCCAUGGUUGCAACGCUCUGAUGAAAAGAAGUCUGGAGCUCAUCAACAAUAUUUGCAAAGCGUGGGUGAUAGGCAGAAGUUGGAUGGUUUGUAUGAAUGUAUUCUUUGUGCUUGUUGUUCAACGUCAUGUCCAAGCUAUUGGUGGAAUGGUGAUAAGUACCUUGGACCAGCUGUACUUAUGCAAGCCUAUCGUUGGAUCAUUGAUUCUAGAGAUGAGGCGACAGCAGAAAGAUUGAAUCAAUUGAAAGAUCCAUUCUCUGUUUUUAGGUGUCACACUAUAAUGAACUGUACAAGAACUUGUCCUAAGGGGUUAAAUCCAGGAAAAGCCAUUGCAGAAAUUAAGAAACUUUUGGGUGGUUUUGCCAAGAAAGACGCUCCUGGACUUGAUACAACCGCGUUACAGCGUUGAAGUAGCUACAAUUUUACAAAGUGAUUUUUUGUCAUACUUCUUUACCUCAUAGGAUGAUUGAGUAAAAGUUGUAUUCAACAAAAA